CCCUUCCAAUAUGGCGCCGCUGUGAGCGUGCGGCCUCCCUGCCGCUGCGGAGACCCUGCCACGGGCUCCUGGGCAGCUGCUUUGGCUGGAGGGAGUCCGACUGCUCCCGGAGCCGUCGCGGCCACGCGGCUGUGCGUGCGCGGCAGGGGGCGCGAUGCUGAGAGGCCUGAGCAGCGCGGUGUGCCGCGGGCCGAAGUUGUAUGCUGGACGUUCUCUCCACAUCACUGCCAGGAUUUGCUUAAAUGCUAUUGUUAAUCAGGAUGUCCAAAUCCCUGAAGAGAAACCCCGGGCAAUUUUCCGUACUAGUGAGAGCAACCCGGCCAACCAUACAGAGCAACAUGACUGUCAGCACUAUAGCAUCCCACUAGAGGAGGUGAAGGUGAUAUUUCCCCAUGGACUGCCUCGCCGGUUCAAAGAGCAGAUUGAGACCUUCAAAGAAGCCUGUCUGAUGGUGCGGAAACCAGCUCUAGAGCUUUUCGGUUACCUAAAAAGCACCAACUUUGCCCAGCCAGCCAUCAGAUAUGUCCUCUAUGGAGAGAGGGGAACUGGAAAAACAAUGACGCUCUGCCAUGCUGUUCAUUACUGUGCAAAGCAGGGCUGGCUGGUGCUGCACAUUCCAGAUGCUCAUCUCUUGGUAAAGAACUGCAAGAAACUUCUGCAGUCUUCCUAUAAAACAGAACGGUUUGACCAACCUUUGCAAGCAUCUGCCUGGCUCAAGAAUUUCAAAACUUCAAAUGAACACUUAUUGAGAGAGAUAAAAACGCAACAAAAAUACAUGUGGAACAAGUGGGAUAGCACUGAAGAAGGCAGACCACUGGUUGAAAUGGUAGAACAGGGUAUAACUCGAAUGAAGACUGCCACUGAUGUUGUGGGGGCUGUGCUUAAAGAGUUAAAGAGGCAGUGUUCCCUUGGUUCAUUUAAACUUCUGGUGGCAGUGGAUGGAGUCAAUGGCCUCUGGGGAAAGACAACACUGAGGAAGGGAGACAAAAGCUUAAUUUCUACAGAGGAAUUGGCCCUGGUCCACAACCUGAGGAAGAUGGUGAUGAAUGACUGGAAUGGAGGUGCCAUCGUGACUACUAUUUGCCAGACAGGCUCCGUCUUCAAACCACGCCUUGCUUAUUUACCCCAUGAGCUGCUGGGAGAUGAGGGCUUCAGUGCCUUGGAACCGUUUGUUCCCAUCCAGGUUGCCAAGUACAGUGAAAAGGAAUUUGAGAGCUGUUACCAGUAUUAUCUUGACAGAAAGUGGCUUCAACAUGAAAAAGCGCGGACGCCAGACGGGAGAGCGGAGCUGCUGUUCUUGAGCGGCGCCAACCCCGCGCAGCUGGAGCGGCUCGCGGCCAUGCUGUGAGCGGGGCGCGGCGGGGCCGCAUCCGUAGCGUGCAAUAAAGACAGAGACAGAAAGCC